AUGUUAAUAGUGAAUCCUCAGUUCACUCCACAAGGCAAUUUGUCUGCUGGAACUUAUAAGAAAAUCAACAAUGCUAAAACUUUAACCGACUGCGUUAAUGCCUGCUGUGAGGAUGAAACUUGUAAUGUUGCAUUUCUCUUCGAAGCAUGUUAUUCAGUUCGAUGUGAUAGUCACAAACUAUGUCAGCCAUUAAACAGAUCAGAAAAGGAAUUUGAGAAAUCGUAUGUUGUUGUGAUUCGAUACCCUGAAGAAAAAUAUUUCCAUGAAGAUGAAAUAGUUGAUGACGAUGCUCAUGAAAAAAUAUUUCAAGAUAAUUACCGUGUUGAUUUAAAAGAAACUAGAGGGCCUCUGCUUAAUCAAGACACAUCGACAACAGUGGUUUUUACUCCAACAUCAAAGAAUUGCGUAUAUGGAACCCAUCAGUGCCCAGAAUACGAAGAGUGCGUACUAAAAGCCCAUCACACGCUCAUUGGAAUUUGUUCUUGCAUAGAUGGUUAUGAACGUCAACAAGGAAAAUGUAAGAAAAAGCAUCUUCAACAAAUUAUGAUUUCUUCAAUUGUUUCUAACCCAGAUUUAACAUCAAGUAAAAACUUUACAGCAAUACCAGUGUCUUCUACAACACCAUCUGUGCAACGUUUAGUAGUUUCAGCUGGGGACAAUGUAACAUUGCAGCUACCUGAAAACGAAGUAACUCUUCCAGCCUAUGCAUUAGAACAGCAACAAGGUGGAAUGGAUACUUACAAAUACGAUUGGAAAUUGAUUUCUCAUCCUGAAGGGGAUGAAACUGGCACAAUGCAAGGCCAGAAUACCAAGAACUUAAAACUCUCUAAGCUGAGAGCUGGAAUUUAUACUUUUAAAGUAACCGUGUCGUAUGCCAAUGCUCUUGGAGAAGCUAUGGUUCAUGUGACCGUUUUACCUCCCGAGCGGAAAAAUAAACCUCCUGUUGCUAUUAUCCAUCCCUCUAAUGUCACUGUGAAGCUACCAAAUAAAGAUACUGUUUUAGAUGGCUCAUUUAGCACUGAUGAUGACAAGAUAGUCAAAUUCCAGUGGGAGGUUCUAGAAGAGCCUAUUGGGUUUUCUGUAUCUCUUGAUGAAACUCCUACUCUUCAAUUGAGGAAUUUAACACCUGGAUUUUACUGCUUUAAGUUAACAGUUACGGAUUCCAAAGGAAAAUCAAAUUUCACCUUUGCCAAUGUGACAGUUCUAAAAGAAACUGAUUAUCCACCUACUGCCAACGCACAAUCUGAAGUUGUUGUAUUUUUACCGCAGAAUGAAGUAACAUUGAACGGCAACCUCAGCACCGAUGAUAAAGGCAUAAAAAGUUGGGAAUGGAAAAAGAGCGCGGAUACAGACACAGCAGUUGAUAUGGAAGGAACAAAUGGUCCUUAUUUGCACCUUUCUCAGUUGGAAGUGGGAGUCUAUAAAUUCAUUUUGAAAGUAACGGACACUGCAGAUCAAACAUCCACUACUGAAGUACACGUGUUUGUGAAACCUGAAACUAACAAUCCUCCUGUUGCUAAUGCUGGUCCUGAUCAGAAGUUAACUUUACCAUUACAAGGUCCAAUCAUUUUAAAUGGCAGUGGUAGCAAAACUGACGCCAAAAUUUCUAAAUGGAAGUGGGAGCAAGUACAAGGGCCAAAAAAUGCUAUUAUAUCCGAUGCUGAUGCUGCUAUUGCUAAGGUUACUGGAUUGAUACCUGGUUACUAUCAGUUCAUGUUAACGGUGUAUGAUGAAAAAUUUACUCAUUCUUCAGAUACUGUCAACGUUUCUGUGAUUCAGUUUGAAAAUAUGCCACCAAGAGCAAAUGCUGGAGGUGAUAAAACUAUUUAUUUGCCAUGUGACGUCAUAGUAAUGAAUGGAAGCUCUUCGUUCGAUGACAUUGAAAUUGUAAAGUACCAGUGGACGCGAGAACCUGCAUCAUUAGCUGCUGGAUACAUUUUAGAGAAUUCCGACCAAACACCUAACCUGAAGAUGGCUGGUUUAAUAUCUGGACGGUAUUUGUUUCGAUUGACAGUAUUUGAUGUCCAAGGAGCUUCUUCAUACGAUACUGCAUCUUUAAUCGUUAAACCGUCAAGGAAUCUUUUUAACCAACUUGAAAUGAAGAUAAAUGUAGAUAUUGAAAGCUUCACCCAAGAACAAGAAGAUACACUGUUAAGGCAAAUGGAAAUUUUAUUGCACGACGUGGAUCCAGUGAAAGUAAAUUUAGAAAAACUUGAUUCUGAUUGUCACGGCAAAAGAGUCGUUUUGUUGUUUACCGUUGAAAGAAUCUCAAGUCUUCAAGGUGGCAUCAUUCGUGGUGUUGAUGUAGUAUCUCGUCUUAAGAGAAAAUUGCGUUUCGAUAGUUCGCUGCUGGAUGUAGAAGUUCUUUCAGUUGAUACAGUUGUAUGCCAGAGCAAUUGUUCCAACCAUGGGAUAUGUGAUCCAUAUACCAAGAGUUGCGUGUGUGAUGCAUUCUGGAUGCAAGAUGUGUUUCGGUACAGCUUUGGGGACAGAGAAAGCAACUGUGAUUGGAGCAUUUUGUAUGUUGUCGUUGUCUGUUUCACUACUGUCGUUGCAUUAACUGGAAUGCUUUGGGGUAUAACCUGUUUUUGUGCGAAAAUAAUUUUUCAGAAGUCAAGGAAACGCUAUACUUUACUAGACGAUUUCAAUGGUCGAGAAGUGGAAAGGGCAAAUUUUUCUCCACGAAGUAAAAACCAGAGAAAAUUGAUGAUUUCUGAUUCUGAAUCGGCUGCAGAUUUUGAAUCCCAGUACAAGCCAUUAUCUGUGAAGUCAAAUGGUAUACUUAGUGGCAUUGUAAAAAGUUCUCAUGAAAUAACUGCAUAA